GGGGGCAGCUGUGCCAUCAGUGGCGGAUAUGGUGGCAGAGUUGGAGGUGGCUUUGGCUUUGGAGGUGGAGCCGGGAGUGGAUUUGGUUUCGGCGGUGGAGCUGGUGCUGGCUUUGGGCUCGGUGGUGGCGCUGGCUUUGUUGGUGGCUAUGGGGGCUCUGGCUUCCCUGUGUGCCCUCCUGGAGGCAUCCAAGAGGUCACCGUCAACCAGAGCCUCCUCACUCCUCUGAACCUGCAAAUCGACCCCACCAUCCAGCGGGUGAGAACUGAGGAGCGGGAGCAGAUCAAGACCCUCAACAACAAGUUCGCCUCCUUCAUCGACAAGGUGCGCUUCCUGGAACAGCAGAACAAGGUCCUGGACACCAAGUGGACCCUGCUCCAGGAGCAGGGCACCAGGACCGUGAGGCAGAACCUGGAGCCUCUGUUCGAGCAGUACAUCAACAACCUCAGGAGACAGCUGGACAGUAUCCUCGGGGAGAGAAGCCGCCUGGACUCGGAGCUCAGGGGCAUGCAGGACCUGAUGGAGGACUUCAAGAAUAAAUAUGAAGAAGAAAUCAACAAGCGCACGACAGCAGAGAAUGAAUUUGUCACUCUGAAGAAGGAUGUGGAUGCUGCCUACAUGAAUAAGGUUGAACUACAAGCCAAGGUAGACAGCCUCACAGAUGAGAUCAACUUCUUGAGAGCCUUCUAUGACGCAGAACUGGCUCAGAUGCAAACCCACAUCUCAGACACUUCUGUGGUCCUCUCCAUGGACAACAACCGUAGCCUGGAUCUGGACAGCAUCAUCGCCGAAGUCAAAGCCCAAUAUGAGGAGAUCGCUCAGAGGAGCCGGGCUGAGGCUGAGUCCUGGUACCAGAGCAAGUACGAGGAGCUUCAGGUCACAGCGGGCAGACAUGGCGACGACCUGCGCAACACCAAGCAGGAGAUUUCUGAGAUCAACCGCAUGAUCCAGAGGCUGAGAUCUGAGAUCGACCACGUCAAGAAGCAGUGCGCCAACCUGCAGACUGCCAUUGCUGAUGCUGAGCAGCGUGGAGAAAUGGCCCUCAAGGAUGCCAAGAAUAAGCUGGCUGGUCUGGAGGAUGCCCUGCAGAAGGCCAAGCAAGACAUGGCCCGGCUGCUGAAGGAGUACCAGGAGCUGAUGAAUGUCAAGCUGGCCCUGGACGUGGAGAUCGCCACCUACAGGAAGCUGCUGGAGGGCGAGGAGUGCAGGCUGAGUGGGGAAGGCGUUGGACAAGUCAACAUCUCCGUGGUGCAGUCCACC